AUGGGCAAGUUUGAUUGGCUGAACUUCUUUGCUGAAGGUCAUCUUUUUGGAGACCUUCAGGGCAAACAGAGAAGAAACAAUGCUGCAGGCCACAGAUCUCCACCAGCAAGAAGUGGCCACCGUUGUGUUGCAGAUAGUGCCAACUUGUAUGUGUUUGGGGGCUACAAUCCCGACUACGACGAGUCCGGCGGGCCCGAGAAUGAAGACUAUCCCCUCUUCAGGGAGCUCUGGAGGUACAACUUUGCUACAGACACCUGGCAUCAGAUGGGCACUGAAGGCUACAUGCCCAGGGAGCUGGCCUCCAUGUCACUUGUGUUGCAUGGCAACAACCUCCUGGUGUUUGGGGGCACUGGGAUCCCCUUUGGGGAGAGCAAUGGCAACGACGUCCACGUCUGCAACGUCAAGUACAAGAGGUGGGCUCUGCUCAGCUGCCGGGGAAAGAAACCCAAUCGGAUCUACGGCCAGGCCAUGGCCAUCAUCAAUGGUUGUCUCUACGUGUUUGGAGGAACAACUGGUUACAUUUACAGUACUGACCUGCAUAAGCUCGACCUCAACACUAGAGAGUGGAUCCAGCUGAGACCAAACAACAUGUCCUGUGACAUGCCAGAAGAGAGGUACAGGCACGAGAUCGCACACGAUGGUCAACGGAUUUAUAUCUUGGGAGGUGGAACUUCCUGGACAGCUUAUUCCUUAGAUAAGAUCCAUGCCUACAACCUGGAAACCAACACCUGGGAGGAAAUCACCACAAAACCUCAUGAAAAAGUUGGCUUCCCAGCAGCCAGAAGGUGCCACAGCUGUGUCCAGAUUAAAAAUGAUGUGUUUGUUUGUGGAGGCUACAAUGGAGAAGUCAUUCUGGGAGACGUUUGGAAGCUGAAUCUCCAAACUUUCCAGUGGGUCAAGCUCCCAGCUGCCAUGCCAGAACCAGUGUAUUUCCACUGUGCUGCAGUCACACCAGCUGGCUGCAUGUAUGUCCACGGAGGGGUGGUCAACAUCCAAGAGAACAAAAGGACUGGCUCUUUGUUUAAAAUGUGGCUGGUGGUUCCCAGCCUGCUGGAACUGUCCUGGGAGAAGCUCCUGGAGUAUUUCCCUCACCUAGCAGCUCUCUCCAGAUCUCAGCUUUUGCACCUUGGACUGACACAGGGACUCGUCGAGCGACUAAAAUGAGACCAUCUCAUGCUUCUCUGCCCCAAGACACACUGAAGAA